AUGGAUGAGGGAUCGGAUAAGGCCCCUCGCCGCAAGAGGGUCUCCCGAGCUUGCGAUCGCUGUCGCAGUAAGAAAGAUAAAUGCGACGGUAACCGUCCCACUUGCUCCGCCUGUCAGGCAUCGGGCCAAUCCUGCUCCUACGAUCCCCAUGCAAAGAAACGCGGUCUCCCCGAGGGCUACGUCCGUGGCUUGGAAAAGUUGUGGGCGCUGUCGAUCUGCAACAUUGAGGGGUUCGAGGAUACUAUGCUGGCUAUGCUAGGAAAUACCGCCGAAUCUGCCGGUCGUCGCGAGAAAUUGAUGACCGUGUGGUCGGACGAUAGUUCCUCGGAGAGUUUACAUGAAUCUUGGAAAACGAGUCGGCUAUUCGGCGCGCUGGAGAAAAUGUUGUCUAGUUCUGAUGUGCCGAUCCUCGCUACUGGGAAGCGAUCGCAUAAUCCGCAAGAUGAUGGUCGCGACGGUCAAUGGGGGUUCCGAGUAGCUCGCACUUCCACCCCGCUUGGUCCCGGUGCUCCGCGUGUAGUUGAGCCCUUCGCCGCAUCUCCGGGCCUAAAGCGCGCUCGAUUGUCAAAAGAGUCAGAUUAUCGGGGGAUUGCUGGAUCUAGUCCACAUACGUUACAGUUACCGCCUCAGACGUCGCAGCUGCUCGAUAUCUACUUUGCGGUCACGCAUUCAUGGUUCCCCGUGGUCGCCAAGCAUAACAUCCUCCGCGCUUCUUACCUUUAUGCCAACGCCCCUUUCUCCGUUGCCACGAAUUCACCUGGGUCCGGCGAUCACGCCGCCCUGUGGGCAAUCCUGAGUUAUACCAUAACUCAAUCGCAAAUAAAUGUACGGGCCGGUUCCGCUGGAACAGUCGCCUUGGCUAAGCAGUACUAUGCCGUGUCGCGGAAUCUUAUUCCCACGGAGAAAGAGCGUUAUGAAAUCGGUCAUAUCCAGGCGUUACUGUUACUAGCCUUGGUGAACAUGGGCCUCGAGGACUGGACCGCGGCUUGGCUGUUGAGCGGUCAAGCAGUGCGUAGGGCGAUUGCAAUGGGUCUUGGGACUGUCUCUGGAAGCCGACGGUCUGAUGAACUCAAACAAGGUAAGACAGUGUUUUUGGGAUGUUUUGUGGUUGACUCUCUGCUCUCUUUCCGUCUUUCACGGAGUCCAGCCAUGCCUCCAAGCGAUCUCACUGCGGUGGGACUUUUGGAAGAAGAUGGACUGGAGGAGUGGAACUCCUGGGUGGAUGUUUUACCACCCACGGGUGCUCCGCAGGGCAGCAAGAAUCCGCCGCGCCGAGGACCACUCUUGGCCCUGAGCUGCUUCAACCGCUUAGUUGAGUUGGCGAGCGUGCUCAAUAAAAUUUCCCGCCACAUAUCUUCGGGAUACAAUAUGGCCACCUUUGCACAACAGUUGGUUGUGGAGCUGAAGCAAUGGGAUGAUUGCCUACCUCGGGGAUGUCGCCUGAUUGGACCGGAAAGCAUUUAUCCAGAGCGGCAUUCAGCUUUACUUCCCCAUCAAACUUACCUAGGCCUGACCUAUGUAGCCACUCUGCUUUGGCUCUAUCUUCAAUUGAUAUCGGGUGAGCAGGGUUUGCACCGCUCGCAGCGUCCGGCUACAGAGGGGGCCAAGAAGCUCCUCUACCGAGGUCUUUCUAUGGUCACUCAGCACUUGGAAAACUUCUCCAUGUGCGGUCUUCCACCAUUGUUCGAGCUAAGCCUUCGCACAAUUGCGGAUCAAGCGUUCAGACUUCGCAGUACCAUCGACUCAUCGGACACCUUCCCCUUUGCCAGAUGGGCAGACGAGUUCCGACACAAAACGGCAGCUUUCACUUCCACAUGGCCGGCCUAUGGAUCUUUGAUUUCUACUAUGGAGAGAUGGCAGCACUCCAAAGAAAUCGGGGGGGCAUCCACUUUUCCCCGGGCAGUCGGUCAUCCAUAUUCGGGUGCACCCAUGGCAAGGUCCAUGCAACCGCCAGGCGGAGCUCGCAGCCUACCACCAAACGGCGAACAAAAUUACACCUCUUCAAUCCUUGGCAUCAGUAUGCCAGCUGACGGGCAAUCUUUGACGCCCAAAGACACAGUAAUGGAAAAUGCAGAUCUAGGCAUGAUGAGUGUGUCACCACACCACCCAAAGGAAGUACAGUCAGCUCUAUCAGAUAGGAUCACUCCGCGCAGUAGAUCCGAUUCCGUGUAUGGCACAGCCAGCGCACAAAAUCCACAACCACAAGCCCGAACUCCCGACUCGACAACUUCAAACUCAAUGAUGCCCGGAGGCGUCGCUUCUGCCGGUGACAUCGACGCCAUCUUCAAAGACCUCGCAUACCUCGAUACCACUGAAUGGUCCACGAACCGUGAGGCCGGUCUGAAAGAUUUCGGCUUUUUGGACGAUAACACAUUCCAGGCUUUCUGUCAUGAUCCGGAUCGCUUGGGCGGAUCACAGCCAUUGGUUCAUCCGCCUUCUAUAGGAGAUAUCUGGCCGCCACCUGGUUUUUUCCCAGAGACUUUCCGAGAGGUUCCCGAGGAGUCUCUGGGCGGCUGA